UACAGGUUUUGGGCUGCCCUCUCUCAGGUUUUCUCUUUGAUAUUCAGUCUAUAUGCGUUCUUAACCUCGAAUUGAGAUUACUUCCAAUAAUAGUUUUAUAAAAGUGAAUAAAAAAACGCUUACUGUUAAUAAAUUAUCAUGUCACUUGCGCGACAAGGACAGCAUUGGGGUACAUUUGCUCGUAUUUGGCAUGUUUAUGAUGCAAAAUGGCAAGAUCCAUAUAAGAGUGCUGAAAUAAUAAAACAUUAUCUUUUAGGAACGUACAAGCCAAUAUAUCAUCCACUAAGCAAUUGCGGCGAUCAUGUAGUAGUAAUAAACAGCAAGGAAAUUGCCUUACGCGGAGACGAGUGGCGAAAACGUGUAUACUUUCAUCAUACUACAUAUCAUGGAGGUGCCACUUGGACUCUUGCAUGGGAAUUACAUCAUAAGGAUCCAACUUUGAUUGUAGAAAAAGCUGUAUACAGGGCAUUACCGAAGAAUUUACUACGAAGGCAUACCAUGCAAAGAUUACAUAUAUUUCCAGAUGAAAAGAUACCUGAAGAUAUGUUGAAAAAUAUUAGUAAUCAAAUCAAACAACUAAGAACUGUCCCUGUACAACUAAAUCGUAUUCCACAGACGGAAGUAAAUAACUUCCCACAACUUUUAAGAUAUCCCGAAAAUUAUAUUCUUAAAUAAGUUUAAUACUAUAUGAUAAUAUAGAUAAUAAA